UUGGACGUCUCACUAGCAGGUGUUGUAGGAACAAGACAAGGAGUUAUUUUAUAUCCGUGUCUAUUUACACUAAACAGAAGUCAUAAUGAAGUCCUGUUUGGCUAUCGCAUUUGUUGUCUCUUUGGCUGUUAUGCAGGUUACAUCACAAGGUUUUAAUGAUAUGGGACGACUGAUAGCUAUGGACAAAAUGGGACUGGAUAUUCCCGAUACCCUUUUUAGUUACCACAUGUUAAGGGGCUUUGGGUUUCCCAGUCAGUUGUCUAGUGCAAGCGUUCCAAUGACGUCGGUCGGACUUCCAAACACUCAGAGAACUUUGAAUAUGCUACGAGGGAGGAAUGUUAAUUUGGGACCAACAACACCUAGCCCCGUUUCUAGUCGCGCUGCUCAAGUUGAUUUGUCUUCUUUUCUUUCGAAUCUCUCUUCAAAUAGGAACACAAAUACAGAUACCAGUUUUCAACACAGAAUUAAUCCGCUGAUUAUGGCACACAUGUUGGAGACUGCAUCUGGAACCAAACCUGCUGACGCAUCAUCAGCCACAGCUGCCGCCCAGAGUGCCAGAAACAGGAUGCUCCUACAAAGACUGAGCCGUGCCAGAUCCGGAUCCGGUGCAGGCGGACUCUUUGGUGGCAUGAACGGCAUUCUGCCAUUCAUGAUGCUCAGCGGUGCCGGUGGCGACUCCAUGAGAAACCUUAUGAUGUUGAAAAUGUUCACUGGUGCUGGUGCAGGUGGCGCUGGUGGUGCUGCCCAAGGAGGCAUGAUGGGAAAUAUGCUCCCUCUUAUGAUUCUGUCAGAGGGCGGUCUUUCCUUCUAAGGAAAUAAUUUCCAUUUUA